UUCACUUUUCAUUUCACACACACCCCUCCUCUCUGAUCCACCCUGCCAUCCCGGAGACUCCCCAUCCAUCCCAGCACACUGCGCUGGAAUAAGGCGCCAUAGCAACCCUGUCAUUUCUCCAGAUUUCAUAAAGGAUAUCCUCGGAUUUUGUUCAGAAACUCCGCACUUUUGCUCAUACGUUGUGGAGGCAGAAGGCAUGUUUGUUCGCAUCUGAUGCCGAUUGUUUUUACACCUGAGAACAACGUUGCCACGAUGCCAAAGCCAGAGACGCUCCGGUGUUGAGACAGGCGCUGGAUUAGAAAGGUGUAACAGCGGGCUGUGUAACAGCACACACAGGACUGGAUCACUAAAAGAGGCUUCAUUUUGCUAUCAGCAUGGCUGUGAACAUGAUGCCAUGUCCUGCCAUUUGGCCAGGAGAGGAACAACCAUCACUGCUAGACCAGGAGGGCUCUCUGUCGAGCCAAGCCCCCAUCUCUGAGCCAUGCCUACCAGCCAGAGGUGAACAGCUCAUCCACAGCAGCAACAGCCCGGCCAGCACAAGGCCCGCCCGCAGCAAAUCCAAAGGAGAGCUUGUCAUAGUCAUCAAUGAGAAGCUGAAGAACAGUAACGGGAUCCACCCAGCUCCUGCAGAGAGCACCUCCCCAGUCAUCUCUUCUCCUCCCAGAAGACAGCACUCCAUCUCUUAUCCUCAUCAUGGCAAGACCAGGAAGGGGAGCAGGGCGAGCUCCAUCGGCUACACCGCCUUCUCGCCCAGGCCGUCGCUUUCCCGCCACUCCAGCAUUGCCACCAACCCACCCUUAGACCGGACCAAAGUCAAAGACUACCUCCUCCUGUCUGUGCUGGCCUGCUUCUGCCCCGUCUGGCCCAUAAAUAUUGUGGGAUUUGUGUACUCAAUCAUGUCCAAGAACAGUCUCGAGCAGGGAAACCUGGAUGGUGCUGUACGUCUGGGACGCGUGGCCAAGAUGCUCUCCGUGGUGUCACUAGUAGGAGGGACGGUCAUUAUCAUCGCCUGCAUUGUCAACCUGGCCAUAAAUGUGAAAACCUGAGUUUCAUCCCAGGAUGAAACUGGAUAAGACAACUGACCGUCUGGCCCGCACCUGCACCACCGUCUUUACCGCCUAGUCAUUACCUGGAUGUGUGGCAAAUAUGCACCCGAUAUACAGUGCUUACUAAUAUUUCUGUUAUCUAUAUAAAUCCCCUUUGUUAAUGGAAGAAAAUAAAUUAUGCAAAUGCUGCUGCUCUGAGUCGAAGUGGGGAGGGUUUGGCCAUCUGAUUUUAGCUGGAGAAGGGAGUAGACAGUCUAAUCAGUCCCUUCUUAUUCUGGUCACCACAUUCAGAACGAUUCUUGAGGAAGACAGGAGCCCCUUGAGAAUCUCAUCAUCACUAGCAGCACUGACUCAGACAAGGUGGACUGGAAAAUGGGGAGAGCAGCACAGGUGGUUACCAAACGUGAACCUGGCAGGAUUUCCUCCCAGCCUCAGUGCUAUAUUGCAAGUCCCAACAAAAUGUCUGCCAAGUCCAUCCUUCACUGCACCAAUGACAAGAUGAGCAUCAGAGCUUCAGCUUGCCGUUAAAUCCCCUUGGAUACGUGGAGAGUCUCUGGGAUUUGUGUUGAACCAGAAUCACAGAGCAGAAAUUCACCCAAUUCCCUCACUGCGAAGAAAGACUUUCAAUCCCUGUAUGUUCCCUUCGCUUCAGACUCUCCUCUGUGUGGUUCUCAUGACCUCCUGCCAUACGUCUUGUGUUUGAGAGUGUAUGGGUGGCAAAAGAGGAUGAAAAAGAGGCUUACCAAGGACUAGCUAUGGUUGCUAAAAUGGAGGAGAUUAUGGAAAAUCUCACACAGAAGGCACAGUCACCACAGCAAGGAAAAAUAUGUGCCAAAAAAAAAGAAUUUGAAUGGAAAGUUUCUUGCUUUGUAAAGGCCCAACUCUGAUCACAUAAUUGCUGUUGUAGAGAGGAACAUCAAAAGUGUUAUUACUCUCCUUCACCUUCAUUUAUUUAUCUGCUGGACACCACUGACCACUGUGAGCUGGGGGGAAUGGCUACAUGUGCACGAAAUCCCCCACCCCCACUGUAGCAAGAUACGUAAAACACUCAUUUCACAGUAAAACUAACAAUGUCAUCCAUAGCCUAUCUUUUGAUAAUCUUUGUAAAACAUCAUUUUGAAAAAGUAAAACAAUUUCAUAACGAAGUGCUGUGCCGCAACUGGCAGGUGGUGCAAGAAUUGUGUACAUAUGGGCAUCGCUAUUUGGUUAACAAAUUAAAUAGCUUGUGAUUGCAGUCAAAGUUGUGGCUGGAGCCUCAGUGUGCAACCAACAGGCAGCCUGUACCUAUAAGGCAGACAGAUUGUGGCAUUUUUGACCUUUGAAAAUAAAUCCUAAAACACUAAUGAACACAUGAAUAUAUGCCCAUUAUGUUGUUUUGCACAGUAAGAGUCUGUCUUCUGGUGGUAGGUUUGCAAAAAUUAUUCUGGGGACUAUGGUUUUGUGUGAGACAUGAAUAGAAUUUUAAAAUCCGGUUUGUUAUUCCUAUUAUAUCUCCUUUGUAGCCUUUACUAACUUCUAACCUUUAUCUACCUGUGAUUCUCACUGUGAUCUGAAGCAAUUGGGUUUCACCAAGAGUGGUUCAAGCUCUCCUUAUUUAUUAUAUCCUGGAUUUCGAAUCAUGUACAGAAACGCCACAAUUUCUCAUCAUGAGUUCACUGUUAGUACUUAAAAUGUAACUUUAAUUGUAAUCAACAGUUGAUGUAUUCUGCAAAUAUAAAUCUCAAUAUUGUGAUAAUUCUCUAGUUGAUAUGAGUUAGCAUUACGUAGUUAUGACCUAACGUAGGCACAGAAACUGUUGGCUAGCUGCCCGACUGUCAUUGUAUCACCACUGGGCUUCUAUAAUCUUUGUGGUUAUUGGCAUGUUGUGCAUUCUUAUUAAUGUAUGAUGAUAGAAGUUGAAAAUUACAAAGAUAAGCUGGCACUUGGAAUAUUAUACUUCUGCAGCACAUUCAUAAUAAA